AUGCCGAACUUCGAACAAGGCAUGGGCUCCGGCCGCGACCAAGAAAACCCCAACGGCGCACCAGAACAAGGCCUCGGUGCCUCCGAACGCGGCGCCCAAUCCAGCCAACUGUCCGGAGGCCCCGAGCAAGGGAUGGGUGCACGGGAGUCUGCGACCUUCAACGACCCGACAGGUGCGCCGGAAAGCGGGAUGGGGAAGACAGAAGGCGCAACCGCAACAGGAGCGGGUGGUGCAGCGGAGCAAGGAAUGGGAGUGGAUCAGAGUGGGAGUGGGACGAAUGGGAGUACGGAUGAUUAUGGGAUGGGGGCAGGGAGUGGGAGGAAUGAUCAGAAGGAAGGGGAGGGCGGGAAACUGCUGGGGAAGGUGAAGGGGAUGCUUCAUAAGGAUAAAUGA